AUGGAGUGCAUUAAUAAAACAAGGACUCCUUCAAACCCACCCUUACCAAACUUCCAUCUACGUCCACAAGUGUAUAUCAAAUUUCUACUUGAGUAUGAAGCCAGCUGUGCAGCUGCACUGUAUAAAUUGCAUGGUCUGAAACCUUCUUUCCUAUCCAGGUGAAACACAAGGGUAAGUUGACUCCAGUUAGCAUUUAGUGGUCAAGAUUACUGGCUGAAACAUCAUCACCAUCAUCACUUGGAAAUAUUUCAUCGCAAUAUCUUGUAUCAUCAUUAUUUCCUUUUGUAAUAUUGACCUUUGUCUGUCUUUGUUCGGGAUGAGCAUUGGGGGGGGGCACCUUGAAUGACCGAAACAAAAAUUAUUUAACAUUUGAAGUUUCACAGUUUAGAACUAAUGGCUUUGACUAUUUUUUAAAUGAAUAAUAUGACUGAGCUCAUUCUGAGAGAAAUGCUGUGCUAUUUUAAAUGUAUGCUCUCUCUUUUUUACAGCUGGUCAGAAAUGAAAGUCUUGUCCCAGUUCCUUCAUGUGGCAGUAGUAGUCGCCAUUUUUACUCUUCCGUGUCUUGGACAGGCAGGAGACAAAUGUGCAGGCGUUCCAGGCAUCCCAGGGACUCCGGGGUCAAGUGGGGUGCCUGGGAGAGAUGGGCGUGAUGGGAUGAAAGGCGACCCAGGACCACCAGGUAUCUCAACUUGUUGUUAUUAUAAUACAAAGCCUAGUAUUAAAAAUUGCUGGUAAUGAACUAGUAUUGCAUCUUACAGACACCUGAUUGUAGACCAAUUCAUAUCAGUGUUCAAAUAACAGAGUGUCAAAAAAGGCCCAGCUCCUUUACCUUUUGUGAUAUCCCCCUUAAUUACAGUUUUCAGAGAGCUAUGGGGAGGGAACAUGAUUUGGGUAAAACUGGGGUGGGGAUCAGGGACCAUUAAGGAUCCCACAAACAAGGUGCCCCAUGAUAUUCUUGUAAAGAAGCUGGUAAAAUGUGGUCUUGACUAUGCUACCACUCAGUGGAUUUGUAACUGGCUGACUGACCGAACCCAAAGGGUGCUCAUCAAUGGUUCCUCUUCAUCCUGGAGAAGAGUGACUAGUGGGGUGCCACAGGGUUCUGUCUUGGGCCCGGUCUUAUUCAACAUCUUUAUCAACGACUUGGAUGAUGGACUCAAGGGCAUCCUGAUCAAAUUUACAGAUGACACCAAACUGGGGGGGGGGGUGGCUAACACCCCAGAGGACAGGAUCACACUUCAAAACGACCUUGACAGAUUAGAGAACUGGGCCAAAACAAACAAGAUGAACUUUAACAGGGAGAAAUGUAAAGUAUUGCACUUGGGCAAAAAAAAUGAGAGGCACAAAUACAAGAUGGGUGACACCUGGCUUGAGAGCAGUACAUGUGAAAAGGAUCUAGGAGUCUUGGUUGACCACAAACUUGACAUGAGCCAACAGUGUGAUGCGGCAGCUAAAAAGCCAAUGCAAUUCUGGGCUGCAUCAAUAGGAGUAUAGCAUCUAGAUCAAGGGAAGUAAUAGUGCCACUGUAUUCUGCUCUGGUCAGACCUCACCUGGAGUACUGUGUCCAGUUCUGGGCACCACAGUUCAAGAAGGACACUGACAAACUGGAACGUGUCCAGAGGAGGGCAACCAAAAUGGUCAAAGGCCUGGAAACGAUGCCUUAUGAGGAACGGCUAAGAGAGCUGGGCAUGUUUAGCCUGGAGAAGAGGAGGUUAAGGGGUGAUAUGAUAGCCAUGUUCAAAUAUAUAAAAGGAUGUCACAUAGAGGAGGGAGAAAGGUUGUUUUCUGCUGCUCCAGAGAAGCGGACACGGAGCAAUGGAUCCAAACUACAAGAAAGAAGAUUCCACCUAAACAUUAGGAAGAACUUCCUGACAGUAAGAGCUGUUCGACAGUGGAAUUUGCUGCCAAGGAGUGUGGUGGAGUCUCCUUCUUUGGAGGUCUUUAAGCAGAGGCUUGACAACCAUAUGUCAGGAGUGCUCUGAUGGUGUUUCCUGCUUGGCAAGGGGUUGGACUCGAUGGCCCUUGUGGUCUCUUCCAACUCUAUGAUUCUAUGAUUCUAAGAUUCUAAACACACACACACAUUCAUCAAUUUGAUCAUGAGAGCUCCUUUCCACAUAAAGUGGGCCUAAAAAGAUUGAUGAGGGCAUUCUCAGGAUACUGCCAAAGAGAACAGCUGGCUGUGAAUUACAAGAAAACUAAAGUCAUGGUGUUUUCAAGAAACUAUGGUCCCACUGGUCUCUAGUAAUGUUCAGAUUAGGUCUGCAUAACUUGUGACCCACCAAAAAGAAUUGAAAACUGACUCACCAGAGGUUUGCAGGACACAACUACAACAUCUCUAACCGAUGGCUGUCCAGCACCCUCUGCUCAAAUACAUUUAGUGAAGAAGACCCACUACAUCCCAAGGCAGAUUGUUGCACUGCCGUUUGGAAGUGCCUCCUAGUAUUUCAUUUCUCCUAAUGCUUUAGGACAGAGAAUAAGCCUACCCCAUCUUCAGUGUGGUAGCCCUUCCGAUAUUUGAAGACUGUCUUCAUGUCUCUCCUUAUGCUUGGUCACAAAUAAAAUUGGAUUGAGUAAUUCAAUUUAUCAAGCAAAUAAAAAAUGUUAACUUUGUGAAUUAUCAGGCAAUGCAUUCAAGAAACCAAAUCUCUUAGUUUGGUUCUACUUUUGUACUGGAAGGAUGAUUUCCUGAAUCUUUCCAAAAAAAAUACUUUGGGAAAGAAAGAAUAACUAAAUUGUUCCUUUUUUAUGUGAUCAAAAUAUUCAGUGAGCAGCUAAGAGGUAUUCAGUGAUUUGUGUGCACACACUAAAAAGGUUAGCUGAUGUGUCAUCAUAUUUCAUUGCCCAUGAAAUACGGUUUUUAUAUCUUCAGGGACAAGAGAUACUAUAGUAAGAUUCUGGCUUCUGAGUCAUCAUUCCAAGGAGAUUGGACUAUGGUAUUGAGUUACGCAGGCUGUAAUGCAAUCUGCUUCCUUGAAGGGCACCUGCAGCCUUGAAAUUAUUCUUUAGUCUCCACUUCUAUAGUGUACCAUUGAGGAGUGCCUUGUAUAUCUUUGUUCUUGUGUUUCCUUCUAGGUCCAAUGGGCCCUCCUAAUGGUCUGCCAGGUGCUACUGGAAGAGAUGGACUUCCUGGUCCACCAGGGCCAAGAGGUGAACAAGGAGAAAAGGGAGAGAGGGGCCCAGAAGGUAAAAAGGAAUUGCAUAACCUAUAAUAUAAUAUAAUAUAAUAUAAUAGCCAGGAAAACUGUUGUGACAAGCUUCCCUGUACACUUAGGCGAUACUAUUAUUAAUUAUUUUUGGGGAUGAGGAAUAAAUUUGAUCCAUUUCACAUUACAACAUGUGAACUGAAACACAGUCAUCUUUUGACAUUCACUCUUCCCCGAAUUUUGUAAUAUAAGUCUAGCCAAGUAAUGUACUGUGUACAAAAUGCAUAUACUAGGGUAAAGUGUAUAUAAAGAUGUAUAUAUUCAUGAAUAUGCUUGCAAAUAUACAUUAUAUUAAACAUUGCUUCACAAAGAUGUGUAUAUUAGGCAAUCCAUAUACAGACAAAAUACGUAUCUUAGGAUAAAUUUGCACCAAAAUCCUGGUGAAUUUUCGUGAGGAUUUUUUUAAAAAAGAUAAAUAAAUUACAAACUGAUGUAAAAAAUGUGCAGAACUGAAAUUGAGUUUGGAAAAAUCAGAAACUGAAAGGAACCAAAAUUGAAACCAUCCCUAAUUGCCUCAAAGCUAAUGCUGAAUCGACUCAGAUAAAUGAAUACCCCAAACAUAAUAAAACACAAUUCAUGCUAUUAUAAAGGUAAGGGACUACGCCUCUUCAUCCCUGAAUGGCCUUAUACAAAUACUGGUCUGUGCCUAAGACAUCUACAAGAUCAAGUAAACACAGUGCGGACAAGGGCUUUCAAUCUGUUGGUGAAAUAUCUGGCUCACUGCACAGACACAGAUUAAUUUGUCAAUUACACUUUGGUACAAUGUCUCUUGAGGUUAAGCAUAUGCCUUAUGUAUCAUGCUUCAGAGACUGAUUUUCAAAAUGAUACCAAACUGUUUGAUUGAUCAUAUAAGAUUUACCCCAAUGUCCUUUUGAAAGGUUCAUGCUUUGCUUGGAAUUACUUUUGAUUGAGUUAGCUCCACCCUCACACUGGUCUACAACAAAUUUGUUGUCUGCGUUUUUUCAGUUGAUUUAGGACGAAUCUGAUGCGCUGAAUCCAAAAAUCACAUUGGUUUUGCUCAAUCAGGUCAAGUUUUUGAGCUAUAGCCACAUGUCGUUUUUUUACAUUUUUGUUCACAUGCACGCUUGUGUGGAGCAUUUUAGAAGAAGUUGGUGGGGGUAAAAUGCCAUGUCGAAUAAUUGUUUUGAUUGGAAAUGAUUAUUUUAAUGACAAGAAGUAUUCAGGUCCGAUAGUUCUGGGUGAUUAUGUCGAAAAGAGAUCAGUUUGAAGUCAUAAAACCUCGAGAUCUUCCAUAAAUUGGUGCGGCAAAGCAAAAAGUUGGGGGAUCAAAACUAAGUUAAUGGGGCAGCGGCCCCACGAAGUAUCCUGAUCUUCAAUCAGCACGUCGUCCUGUAGCUCAUUGUGAUGAAAUUCCAGUGCCUAUCUUCGGAGAACUUCCUGACAUUAGUGACGAAGAUGCCUCCAGUGUUGAAGGACAUGAAGAAGAAGAAGUGGUUCCUGAAGAUGUUGCUCCACAUCCAUUUUCCCAAAAGGAGUUGAAUGAUCUAGUUCGCAACCUCAGCUUGUCAAAGGACUCUGCCGAACUGUUGGCAUCCAGAUUGAAGGGGAAAAAACCUCCCCUCUGACAGUGCUCGCAUCAGCUUCUUCCGCAACAGGCAUCAAGAGUACCUCCGUUUUUUCUCGGAAGAGAAGGACUUGGUGUACUGUGCAGAUAUUGCGCAGCUUCUGCUCAAGCUUGGAGUGCCACAGUAUGAACCCAAAGAUUGGAGACUGUUCAUUGACAGCAGCAAGCGAUCACUGAAAUGUGUUCUGCUACACAACGGCAACCAGUUUGCCUCUAUACCCCUGGCUCACUCGAGUACACUGACGGAGAACUAUGAAGUGGUGAAGUAUGUGCUGGAGAAAAUUGGUUAUGAUCAGCAUAAGUGGUUUAUUUGUGUUGACCUGAAGAUGGUGAACUUUUUGUUGGGACAACAGUCUGGCUUCACCAAGUACCCAUGUUUUCUGUGCAUGUGGGAUAGUAGGGACCGUGCUCAGCAUUACACGAAGAAGGACUGGCCUGUGCGGGAGGAAUUGGUGCCUUGCAAAGAAACGAACGUCAUCAACGACCCUCUGGUGGACAGAGACAGAAUACUCUUCCCACCGCUGCACAUCAAGCUCAGCUUAAUCAAGCAGUUCACCAAGGCUCUGGACAAGGAUGGUGACUGCUUCACUUACUUGUGCCAGGCUUUUCCAGGAUUGACCAUGAAGAAGUUGAAAGCUGGCAUCUUUGACGGUCCUCAGAUCCAUCAGCUCAUCAGAGAUCCAGAGUUCGGAAACUCAAUGAACGAAGUGGAACUGGAAGCGUGGAAGGCAUUUGUUCUGGUAGUGAAGAACUUUCUUGGCAACAAUAAGGCCAGAAACUACGCAGAACUUGUCAACAACAUGCUGACUGCUUUCAGAAACCUGGGCUGCAACAUGAGCGUCAAGAUGCACUACCUAUUUUGACAUAUGGACCGGUUUCCUGAGAACCUGGGUUCAAUGAGUGAUGAGCAGGGGGAGAGAUUCCAUCAGGACAUGAAAGAGAUGGAGACCAGGUAUCAGGGUCGCUGGGACGCAGUCAUGAUGGCUGACUACUGUUGGACUCUGAAGAGAGACCUCCCUGCCGCUGAGCAUUCCAGGAGUUCCAAGAAACGGAAGUUCAAGCCCUGAAGUUUGAAAAAUGGUGAAGCAACAUGCAAUUUAUGUGUACUUACCUUUAUCAAUGCCCACCAUUCAGUUUACAGUAAACCUGACCUGAUGGAGAGAAACGGAUGCCAUUUCCUGAUUCAGCAGUGCAAAAAUACCCUAAAUCAGUUGUAGAAAUCUAGACAACAUUCAAAAAGUAAAAAAUUAUUGCCCAGUGAAUAGGCAGCUAAUUUAGGACUUAAAAGAAAGAAAAAAAUGAGUAGUGCAUAGGAUGCACCACAAUUAGAUUAGGCUUGUUUGAAUCAAUGACUUUGAAGGUGGAUUAGAAUUCAUGCAAGAUACCUGCUACAGAUGUUACACUCUCAUUUGUGUUCAAUUCAUUGACUCACCUAACAUUGGACAAAAUAAAAUGCAUUAACCGUUUUAUAGGUUUUUAUUCUCUAGCUUAAAACUAAAUGGUGAAAGGGAGAUUUCUGUCUUUGAUAGGAAUAAAUCUUACUCCAGAAGGGAUUUUUCGGUGGUCGUUGAUAAAUUCAAGAUCAACAAAUGGGCUGAAUUAUUCCUCGCUGAAAAUGAAACACAUGUCCUUCAAACAUGAUUUACAGCAAGAACACUGGAUUUGCUGUAGUCAAUGAAGCACAGUUCAACUCAGUUUUUUCUUCUUAUUUUAAUUGACAGGCCGUCCUGCUUCUCUUGAUCCAGAAGUACAGGAAGUCCUCAGAAGUCUGAAUCAAAAAAUAUUGAGGCUUGAAGGAGGUAACCUCUUUGUUUUUACCCUUCCCAAGACUGCUGAAAACCAAUGUUAAGAAUAACACGGGAGAUCCUGACUUAUUUUCUUUUGUGUAACUUCAAGCGACAGCUUCAAGAGAGUUAAAAGUGGUUUGAGAGAAGCUCACUUCCCUAUUGCAUUCACACAUUUAUUUUUUCUCUCUGCUGCCUCUAAAAGAACAAACAAAAAACCAACCCCUACCCUGUUUACCAAAUGUGAACAUAAGGUGAGCAUCCACACCAGAAGGAGCAAUCCCUCUUUCAAACUAUCUUGGCAAGGGGUAGGGAGAGAGAAAUUCUAUUGCCUAUCACCAAUCAAAAUUUAACAUAACACCAGUCUUGAAAAACCUACAUUGGCUCCCAGUACGUUUCUGAGCACAAUUCAAAGUGUUGGUGCUGAGCUUUAAAGCCCUAAAUGGCCUCGGCCCAGUAUACCUGAAGGAGCAUCUCCACUCCAUUCGUUCAGCCUGGUCACUGAGAUCCAGCGCUGAGGGCCUUCUGGUGGUUCCCUCCCUGCGAGAAGCAAAGUUACAGGGAACUAGGCAGAGGGCUUUCUCGGUAGUGGCGCCCACUCUGUGGAACGCCUUCCCAUCAGAUGUCAAAGAAAUAAACAACUAUCUGAUGUUUAGAAGACAUCUGAAGGCAGCCCUGUUUAGGGAAGUUUUUAAUGACUGAUGUUUUAAUGUACCUUUAAUCUUUUGUUGGAAGUCGCCCAGAGUGGCUGGGGAAACCCAGCCAGAUGGGGAAACCCAGCCAAAUUGUUGUUGUUGUUGUUAAAGCUGAAGAUUGUUAUACCCCCCCCCCAAAAAAAACUCCUGCAAUAAUAUGAGAGCUGGUUUUAGGAAGUGGCCUGAGCCACACUUUUCGGAUUAACAUGCAGAUUAGAACCUAGCUGCCCAUCUGCUUUUGCACUUCCAUAAUAUGUCAACACAGUAUUUGGCUCAAAAAUAAUCAUACGAAAAUCAGUUUGUUUGUUUGUUUUUAAUGUCCAUUUUGAGUUGAAAUACAUCUAGGCUGCAAACUUAAGUCACUGGGGAGGGGUGGAGCACUGAAGGGGGUUGACCUGCAACAUUCAAUGCCAAUUGGGCUCUCACUGAGCCAGGAGUGAUCUUGUACUUCUUCUCCCUUCUCCAAGUCCCUCCCCCUGCCCCCCACCCACCCCUUCUGGCUCUAUUGAUAUUGGUGCUCUGAUGUUCAUAGAGUAAGGGCCAUGGGAGUUUCUGCAGUAGCAGAAAUGAGGAAUCGGACAUCGAACCUCGCUCUUUGAGGUUGGAGCUCUGUCCAUCUUUACAAAGGGAGAUCUGGUGCUUUCUACGGGGCUUCAGGACAUCCUCCCUCAAUUUGCAUUUAGAGAAAGAAAGCAUUUUUAAAUAUAGAUUUUAAAAUGUAUUUAAAUGCACAUUUUGUGCAUUUAUAUGUUUUUUAGAAAAAAUGGAAAUGCACAGUAAUGUGGAUGAUGUGAGAUUGAGACAACACACAAAAAAGUAAUAUGGCCUGGAGAAAGAUUGAUUCACCCAUUCCUAGUUUAUACCUGCAUGUUCUUCACUUGAUGCUAUAAAAUGUAGCAGUGGCUUGCAUGCAUCAAUUUUUGUUGCAAUAUAGUACAAAAUGGAUCACCAUGAUUUUUCUUCUCUGUUGCAGUGCUUCUUCUCAAAGGAAUGAUAAACAAAGCAGGAGAUAAAAUAUUUGCCACCAAUGCAAAGGUAGUUGAUUUCGAAACCAUACUUCAAACAUGCCAGAAUUCUGGGGGUUCUGUUGCCAAACCCAUGAAUGAAAAGGAGAAUGAUGCUAUUUUGGAAAUUGUGAAAGAGAAAAACCAAUAUGCCUACCUGGGAAUUAAGGAGAGCCCUAUUCCAAGAGAAUUUGAAUAUUUAGAUGGAAUGGCUGUCAAUUAUACAAACUGGCGUCGAUAUGAACCAAAUGGCAAGGGAGCUGAAAACUGUGUUGAGAUGCAAACGGAUGGAUCCUGGAAUGACAAAAAAUGCAACCAGUAUCGUCUCACUGUCUGUGAAUUCUAG